GUGCAAAAAUGCAAAUCUUUGUGAAGACCCUAACUGGCAAGACCAUCACCCUUGAGGUUGAAGGCAGUGACACUGUUGAGAAUGUUAAAGCCAAAAUCCAGGACAAGGAAGGUAUUCCUCCUGAUCAGCAAAGGUUGAUCUUUGCUGGCAAACAGUUGGAAGAUGGCCGCACCCUCUCUGACUACAACAUCCAGAAAGAGUCCACCCUCCAUCUUGUCCUGCGUCUGAGAGGUGGAAUGCAGAUCUUUGUAAAGACCCUAACUGGCAAGACUGUCACUCUUGAGGUUGAGGGGAGUGAUACUGUUGAGAAUAUGAAGGCCAAAAUCCAGUACAAGGAAGGCAUUCCACCUGACCAACAGAGGUUGAUAUUCGCUGGCAAACAAUUGGAAGAUGGCCGCACCCUCUCUGACUACAACAUCCAGAAGGAGUCCACCCUCCAUCUUGUCUUGCGUCUGCGAGGUGGCAUGCAGAUCUUUGUGAAGACCCUCACUGGCAAAACCAUCACCCUUGAGGUUGAGGACAGUGACACUGUUGAAAAUGUCAAGGUGAAAAUUCAGGACAAAGAAGGCAUUCCUCCUGACCAGCAGAGGUUGAUAUUUGCUGGCAAACAACUGGAAGAUGGCCGCACCCUCUCUGACUACAACAUCCAGAAAGAGUCCACCCUCCAUCUUGUCCUGCGUCUGCGAGGUGGCAUGCAGAUCUUUGUAAAGACCCUAACUGGCAAGACCGUCACUCUUGAGGUUGAGGGGAGUGACACAGUUGAGAAUGUGAAGGCCAAAAUCCAGGACAAAGAAGGCAUUCCUCCUGACCAACAGAGGUUGAUAUUUGCUGGCAAACAACUGGAAGAUGGCCGCUCCCUCUCUGACUACAACAUCCAGAAGGAGUCCACCCUCCAUCUUGUCUUGCGUCUGCGAGGUGGCAUGCAGAUCUUUGUAAAGACCCUAACUGGCAAGACCGUCACUCUUGAGGUUGAGGGGAGUGACACAGUUGAGAAUGUGAAGGCCAAAAUCCAGGACAAAGAAGGCAUUCCUCCUGACCAACAGAGGUUGAUAUUUGCUGGCAAACAACUGGAAGAUGGCCGCACCCUCUCCGACUACAACAUUCAGAAGGAGUCCACCCUCCAUCUUGUCUUGCGUCUGCGAGGUGGCAUGCAAAUAUUUGUGAAGACCCUCACUGGCAAAACUAUCACCCUAGAGGUUGAGGACAGUGACACUGUGGAAAAUGUGAAGGUCAAAAUUCAGGACAAAGAAGGCAUUCCUCCUGACCAACAGAGGUUGAUAUUUGCUGGCAAACAACUCGAAGAUGGCCGCACCCUCUCUGACUACAACAUCCAGAAGGAGUCCACCCUCCAUCUUGUCUUGCGUCUGCGAGGUGGCAUGCAAAUAUUUGUGAAGACCCUAACUGGCAAGACUGUCACUCUUGAGGUUGAGGGGAGUGAUACUGUUGAGAACGUGAAGGCCAAAAUUCAGGACAAAGAAGGCAUUCCUCCUGACCAACAGAGGUUGAUAUUUGCUGGCAAACAACUGGAAGAUGGACGGACCCUCUCUGACUACAACAUCCAGAAGGAGUCCACCCUCCAUCUUGUCCUGCGUCUGCGAGGUGGCAUGCAGAUAUUUGUGAAAACCCUUACUGGCAAGACCAUCACCCUUGAAGUUGAGGGAAGUGACACUGUUGAGAAUGUGAAGGCCAAAAUCCAGGACAAGGAAGGCAUUCCUCCUGACCAACAGAGGUUGAUAUUUGCUGGCAAACAACUGGAAGAUGGCCGCACUCUCUCUGACUACAACAUCCAGAAGGAAUCCACCCUCCAUCUUGUCCUGCGUCUGCGAGGUGGCAUGCAGAUCUUUGUAAAGACCCUCACUGGCAAGACCAUCACCCUUGAGGUCGAGGGCAGUGACACUGUUGAGAAUGUGAAGGCUAAAAUCCAGGACAAGGAAGGCAUUCCCCCUGAUCAGCAGAGGUUGAUCUUUGCUGGUAAGCAAUUAGAAGAUGGACGCACCUUAUCUGACUACAACAUCCAAAAAGAGUCUACCCUUCAUCUUGUCCUGCGUCUGCGAGGUGGCAUGCAGAUAUUUGUGAAGACCCUUACCGGCAAGCCCGUCACCCUUGAGGUCGAGACUAGUGACACUGUUGAGAAUGUCAAGGCCCAAAUCCAAGACAAGGAAGGCAUUCCCCCAGACCAGCAGAGGUUGAUAUUUGCCGGCAAGCCACUGGAAGAUGACCAAACCCUCUCUGAUUACAACAUCCAGAAGGAGUCCACCCUCCACCAUGUCCUGCGUUUGAGAGGUGGCAUGCAGAUCUUUGUGAAAACCCUAACUGGCAAGACAAUCACUCUUGAGGUCGAGGGCAGUGAUACUGUUGAGAAUGUCAAAGCCAAAAUCAAAGACAAGGAAGGUAUUCCGCCUCAUCACCAGAGGCUGAUCUUUGCUGGCAAACAGCUGGGAUGUGAUCGCACCCUCUCUGACUACAACAUCCAAAAGGAAGCUACUCUUCAUCUUGUCCUGCGUUUGAGAGGUGGCAUGCAGUUGUUUGUGAAGACCCUCACUGGCAAGACCAUCACCCUUGAGGUUGAAGCCAAUGAUACAGUUGAGAAUGUCAAGGCUAAAAUCCAGGACAAGGAAGGUAUUCCCCCUGACCAACAAAGGCUGAUCUUUGCUGGAAAGCAGCUAGAAGAUGGCCGUACCCUCUCUGAUUACAACAUCCAAAAGGAGGCUACGCUUCAUCUCGUCCUGCGUCUACGAGGUGGCAUGCAGAUUUUUGUGAAGACCCUUACUGGUAAGACCAUCACUCUUGAGGUUGAGGACAGUGACACGGUUGAGAAUGUGAAAGCCAAAAUCCAGGACAAGGAAGGAAUUCCCCCUGAUCAACAGAGGUUGAUAUUUGCUGGCAAACAAUUAGAAGAUGGCCGCACACUCUCUGAUUACAACAUCCAGAAAGAAUCAACCCUCCAUCUUGUCCUGCGUCUGCGAGGUGGGCUCUAGAGC